GAUCGAUCUCUGCUUAUCAAGUGAUGACGACGUUACGCAGGUUGAGGUCAAGUCGAUGAUGACAUGCUUCAGUCCACUCUCUUUCCUUUUCCUUUUUCUUCCUUGGGCUCUGCCAUCUAUCGGCUUCAUUUUUGGGUAUUUUGAUUUGUUUUGCUUUAAGGGACAUUUCCCUAGUACUGUUUCUGUACGCCGGUUCCUGGACCUGUUCCAAGAUUCUUUCUUUUGUUCUGUCCAAUAUAUCUACUAAGCAUUCUUAUCCAUUCCGCUCCCAUCCAUCCGGAUUUCUUCGCUUCUCAUCCCUCUCAGCUCCAAGCCACUGGCGCCACUCGCAUUGACUCUUAUUUGAACGAUGCUCACUCCGAACCAGCAUUAUCUUGCUGGCUUUGGUUACAGAUUCAUCGUGGGAGGUUCCUACUAUUUGAAUUCAUUUAAUUAAUGCCCAAUCCUCCUUUUUAAAGAAUUUUUUUUUUUUUUAAAAAAAAA